AUGGCCAGCUACAACGCAAUGUCCACCGCCAACAACAACAACAACUCAUCCUCCUCCCCUCCUCCCGCACGAAUCUUCUGCCCGAAAUGCGAACAGACCAAGCCCCGAGCGCACUUUGAACGCAAAUCGCCCGUGGGAGGAGGGAAAGCAGCAGGCCUCAAACCCCUGAACACGUACUGUCGAUCCUCUUCGUCUCGACGCCUUGGCCACCACGACGUUCACGGCGGGGUUGGAGAGGAGACUUCGCCUUCGCUGGAGAGAGUGGGACGGCAGCGAGCGAAGGGAGUUGGUCGGCGUCGGUCUUCUCUCGUGGAUGCUGUGGGAGAUGAGGCGGGAGAAGGAGCGGGAGAGGAAGGGGAGGCAGUGGAGGCAGCGGAAAAGGAAGGGGAGGCAGUGGAGGCAGGGGAAGAGAAGGAGGACGGAGUCACGAAGCCGACCACGCUGACUCUUUCCGCUGUCUCCGAGCCGGGGGUGUACAUCUUGGUCGCGGUCGUGUCGGCGCUAGGUGCGCUGUGGUGGAAAAGGCGAGGCGCGGCUCUUCCUAUCCUCGGUGAGGUCGUUGACGACGACGAGCUGGACCUAGUGGUGGUGCGAGGUCUUCACUGCCCGGCCGAGAACGAACGAGGAACGAACGAGUUGUUCAGAGCCAUCGAGUCUCCCUCCCAUACGAGAGUCAGCUCGACCAGCAUGACUGUUCCAAACUCCGGCAUGAUAUCAAGAUGA